AUGACAUUCAUCGAUCCACCCGAAGAAGAACUGCAACUCACCAGCGAGGAAGACCCCAGGAAAUGGCCAACCUGGAAACGGAUCUGGAUUUCUGUCGGGCCCCUUCUCGGAGUGUUCAGCUUAACCUCAGGCAAUUCCAUCUACGUUGCUGCCGUUCCCCUAGUGAACGCCGAGUUCCAAGUGGGCUCGACCUUGGGCAUGCUCCCCAUUACCCUCUAUACACUCGGGUUAGCAUUGGGCCCCAUAAUUUCAUCAUCAACAUCCGAGGUGUAUGGUCGUCGUCCAGUUUAUGUUCUUUCCCUGUUGGGAGCUAUGGCUUUCAAUGCUGUGGGUGGCUCGGCUUCGAACUUCCGUACACUCGCAGUGGCUAGGCUGCUGGCAGGGAUUACAGGAGGACCGAUGAUACCUGUCGUAGCAGGAACGUUGAACGAUUUGUGGGACACACCAUCCGAGCAGAUCGGAACUCGAUUGAUGGGCCUCUUCGCAUGCUCGAUAGCCUGGGGCAGUGAAAUCGGACCAGUGAUGGGCCAGCCCAUCAUUGAGGUUUCCGGGAAUUGGCGAUGGACAUUCUGGUUGUCAAUAAUUCUUCUGGGGGUUUCAUGUGUCGUGUGGCUGAACCCAGAGACCUUCGGUCCAGAGCUGUUACGCCAAAAGUGCAGAAGAUUGGGGAAACCACCGCCUCCGCGCGGUUCUCUGAAGGACAACUUAAAGAUUGCUCUGGGACGUCCAUUACAUAUGAUGAUCGUGGAACCGGUCAUUGUUCCAACUUCCUUCAUCUCCGCUAUUAGUCUCAGCAUUGUCUUCUUCUUUUACGUCGCAUACCCCUUCAUUUUUGAAUCGAUCUACUCCUUUACACCUCAUCAAGUCGCAUUGUCGUUCCUGUCUCUGCUUAUCGGAAGCGCUCUUGGUCUGGUCAUCAUGAUUUUCAUCAAUAAAAGGCUCCACAAAAAAGCGGAAAUGUUAGCAAGAACCCGGAGGCUUACCAUGAAGCCGGAGGAACAUCUCUACCAUACAAUGUUGGGGGGGAUUUUACUGCCAUUGUCACUUUUCUGGUUUGUCUCGUCCUAA